AGAUCCGCCCCCUGACCUCGUGAUUUCUGGGUAAGGUAGUUCAUGCUGAUCUGUUCUCCGAAAAUGAGCCCUCCCCUUUUACCCGUUCGUUCCCUCCCAUAAAGACUACAACGCCCAGAAAACAUCGCCGGUUCCUCCUCGUCCAAUAGCAAUUCCUCAUGUAGCGGGGCGCGGAGCCCGGCUCUCCCAACUCAAGAUGGCGGAUGAGAGUGAGACAGCAGUGAAGCCGCCGCCGCCGCAGCCGCCUCCGGCGCCGCAGAUGAUGGAAGGGAACGGGAACGGCCAUGAGCACUGCAGCGACUGCGAGAACGAGGAGGAGAACAGCUACAAUCGGGGUGGUUUGAGUCCAGCCAAUGACAGUGGAGCCAAAAAGAAGAAAAAGAAGCAGAAAAAAAAGAAAGAGAAAAGCAAUGAAACAUUGGAUUCUGCUCAGGAUCAGCCUGUAAAGGUGAACUCUUUACCAGCAGAGAGAAUCCAAGAAAUACAGAAAGCCAUUGAACUCUUUUCCGUAGGCCAAGGACCUGCCAAAACUAUGGAGGAAGCCAGCAAGCGUAGUUACCAGUUUUGGGACACCCAGCCUGUACCUAAGCUUGGAGAAGUGGUGAAUACCCAUGGUCCUGUGGAACCUGACAAAGACAACAUCCGUCAAGAGCCCUAUACCCUGCCCCAGGGCUUCACCUGGGAUGCCUUGGACCUAGGUGACCGAGGUGUGCUGAAAGAACUGUACACCCUCCUGAAUGAGAAUUAUGUGGAAGAUGAUGACAACAUGUUCCGAUUUGAUUAUUCACCAGAGUUCCUCUUGUGGGCACUACGGCCUCCAGGUUGGCUCCCCCAGUGGCACUGUGGAGUCCGAGUCAUCUCAAGCAAGAAACUGGUGGGCUUCAUCAGUGCCAUCCCUGCAAGCAUCCAUAUCUAUGACACAGAAAAGAAGAUGGUAGAGAUCAAUUUUCUGUGUGUCCACAAGAAAUUGCGUUCCAAGCGUGUGGCACCAGUGCUGAUUAGAGAGAUCACCCGGAGAGUCCACUUGGAGGGCAUCUUCCAGGCUGUUUACACUGCUGGGGUAGUACUACCCAAACCUGUUGGUACUUGCAGGUACUGGCAUCGGUCCCUUAACCCACGGAAAUUGAUUGAAGUAAAAUUCUCACAUUUGAGUAGGAACAUGACCAUGCAGCGCACCAUGAAGUUAUACCGACUACCAGAGACUCCAAAAACAUCUGGGUUGCGGCCCAUGGAAAAGAAGGACAUUCCAGUGGUGCACCAACUCCUGACCAAGUACUUGAAGCAGUUCCACCUGACCCCCGUCAUGAGCCAGGAAGAGGUGGAGCACUGGUUCUUCCCUCAGGAGAACAUCAUUGACACUUUCGUGGUAGAGAAUGCAAAUGGUGAGGUGACGGACUUCCUGAGCUUCUACACUCUGCCCUCCACCAUCAUGAACCACCCGACCCACAAGAGCCUGAAAGCUGCUUAUUCCUUUUACAACGUUCACACCCAGACCCCACUUCUAGACCUCAUGAGUGACGCCCUGGUCCUCGCCAAAUCGAAAGGAUUCGAUGUAUUCAAUGCACUGGAUCUCAUGGAAAAUAAAACAUUCUUGGAGAAGCUGAAAUUUGGAAUCGGGGAUGGCAACCUGCAGUAUUAUCUCUACAAUUGGAAGUGCCCCAGCAUGGGAGCAGAGAAGGUUGGACUGGUCUUGCAGUAAUCAACUGCCAGUGAAAAUUGGACAAAGCCACUGAGAAUUCAGACCAGGAAAUGGAACCCCGCCCCUUGUUGGUCUGAUUUUCAUGGAAGCGAGAAUCCCUAGCUGAGGGAACAGAACUGAACCAGCUACACCAAACAGCCACUGAUUUUGACAAUUGUAUCACAACGGCGUAGGCUGUCACAUCUGGCGGCUUCUCUGGUCUCUGUUUUCCAAUUAAUUACAUCCUCAUGCAGCCAUGAUCAAGGGAAUGUAACUGCUGAAAACUAGCUCAUGAUUGGCAUAUUAUGGAGUUAACGGGUGAAUAAUAAAAAUAUAUAUAUUAUAUAUAUAUAA